AUGCAGAAUCUGAACAACCGCCUGGCUGCUUAUCUGGACAGGGUGCGCUCUCUUGAAGACUCUAACGCGCAGCUGGAGCAGAAGAUCCGGGAAACCUACAUAAAGCGAGCAUCGGCUGAUGGCCCAGACCUGAGUGGCUAUUUCAACACCAUCACAGAUCUGAAGGCUAAGAUCCAACAGGAGACUCUGACGAAUGCUGGGCUGCUCUUACAGAUCGACAACGCAAAGCUUGCCGCCGAUGAUUUCAGAGUGAAGCUGGACUCCGAGGUGGCCAUGCGCCUGUCCGUGGAGGGAGACAUCGGCGGGCUGCGCAAAGUCCUGGAGGAGGUGAACGCGAGCCGGGCUAGCCUGCAGGUGCAGGUGGACAACCUUCAGGAAGAGCUGUCCCAUCUCAAGCGGAACCACAAGGAGGAAGUGGCUUCUCUCGAGGGACGGCUGGGGGGCACCAUCCAUGUGGAAGUGGAUGCCAUGCCCGGUGCUGACCUGCAGAAAAUUAUCUCAGAGAUCCGGGACCAGUAUGAGGAAGUCAUGGGGAGGAACCGCCGGGAGGCCGAGGCACUGCAUAACUCCCAGUGCGAGGUGAUCAACCAGGAGGUUGCCAUCAGUACUGAAGCUCUUCAGGCCGCCCAGCUGAAGAUCACAGAGCUGAAACGGCUGGCCCAGGCCUUGGAGAUUGAGUUGCAGUCCCUCCGGAGCACAAAAGAGGUCCUGGAGUGCACCCUGGCAGACACCGAGUCCCGCUAUGGGUCGGAGUUGAUGCGGCUGCGUGAUCUUGUUGCUGCCAGGGAGGCAGAGCUGAGCCAGCUGAGAUUGGAUGUCCAGCGCCAGGCUGAGGAUUAUAAGCAGCUAAUGGAUAUCAAGCACCGGCUGGAACAGGAGAUAGGCACUUACCGGCGCCUUCUGGAAGGGUCGGAGGCCGAGCCACCAACUACCCCAGGUAUGCAGAAUGCUUUUCUCUUUAGGGUUGCCUUUUAGGGGAAACUGAAAAUAUUUGUCAACAGGAAGCAGGUCCUAAUUUUGCACAGAUUUUUGGACUGAGAUUCUGCUAGCUUCUCUUAUUGUAUUUUCAGAUACAUGGAGAGACACCCCCACACCCCCACACCUGCUUGUUCUUCCUCUUCUGAUUCUGUGUUUUUCCAAAGGGGAUGUAGGGGUUCUCCCAACCUUUGGGCUUGAAUGGGCUUUGCAGUCAUUCAGCAGAUCAGACAAAGAGCUUUGCCUUCAUGAGGCUGGUAAUCUACUCUAUCUACUUUUGGUUUCCUUACAGAACUGAGAUCUGAAAAAAACAUUUUGUUUCCUGAAUUUCUGGUACAUAACCUCUAAAUGACACUGUGGUGUAGUGAGCUGUGAAAAUACACCCGCGAAAGUAGUCAUCUUUUGCUUU